AGAAGGCCACGUGGGCUGUUCUAACCCUGGCGGCCAAGGCGGCGGUGGCAGGUCCUGAAGCCUGCGGGCGGGGACGACGACGGCGCUGGACGAUGAUGCACCGCGGCGUACGCGGUGACGCAGAAGUUGCGGCGCAGGGGCGGAGCGAAGGCUGCGGCUGCGUCGGGAGCGCGCACACGUUGCAUCUUCUUGCUUUCGCCGGGUCCUGCGUGGUUUUGGCAUCAGCCAGGCGGACUGAUAGGUAGACCUGCGGACUAGUGGAGAUGGCGACGCUCUGUCUGACCGUGAAUUCAGGAGACCCUCCCCUGGGAGCUUUGCUGGCAGUAGAACAUGUGAAAGACAAUGUCAGCAUUUCCGUUGAAGAAGGGAAAGAGAAUGUUCUUCGUGUUUCUGAAAAUGUGAUAUUCACAGAUGUGAAUUCCAUACUUCGAUACUUGGCUCGAGUUGCAACUACAGCUGGGUUGUAUGGCUCUAAUCUGAUGGAACAUACUGAGAUUGAUCACUGGCUGGAGUUCAGUGCUACAAAAUUAUCUUCAUGUAAUUCCUUUACUUCCGCAAUCAAUGAGCUCAAUCAUUGCCUGUCUCUGAGAACAUACUUAGUUGGAAACUCCUUGAGCUUAGCAGAUUUAUGUGUUUGGGCCACCCUAAAAGGAAAUGCUGCAUGGCAGGAACAGCUGAAACAGAACAAAGCUCCAGUUCAUGUAAAACGCUGGUUUUGCUUUCUUGAAGCCCAGCAGGCCUUCCGGUCAGUAGGUACCCAGUGGGAUGUUUCAGCAACCAAAGCUAGAGUGGCACCUGAGAAAAAGCAAGAUGUUGGGAAAUUUGUUGAGCUUCCAGGUGCAGAGAUGGGAAAGGUUACUGUCAGAUUUCCUCCAGAGGCUAGUGGUUACUUACACAUUGGGCAUGCAAAAGCUGCUCUUCUGAACCAGCACUACCAGGUUAACUUUAAAGGGAAACUGAUCAUGAGAUUUGAUGACACAAAUCCUGAAAAAGAAAAGGAAGAUUUUGAGAAGGUUAUCUUGGAAGAUGUUGCAAUGUUGCAUAUCAAACCAGAUCAAUUUACUUAUACUUCGGAUCAUUUUGAAACUAUAAUGAAAUAUGCAGAGAAGCUAAUUCAAGAAGGGAAGGCUUAUGUGGAUGAUACUCCUGCUGAGCAGAUGAAAGCAGAACGUGAGCAGAGGAUAGAAUCCAAACAUAGAAAAAACCCUAUUGAGAAGAAUCUACAAAUGUGGGAAGAAAUGAAAAAAGGGAGCCAGUUUGGUCAGUCCUGUUGUUUGCGAGCAAAAAUUGACAUGAGUAGUAACAACGGAUGCAUGAGAGAUCCAACCCUUUAUCGCUGCAAAAUUCAACCACAUCCAAGAACUGGAAAUAAAUACAAUGUUUAUCCAACAUAUGAUUUUGCCUGCCCCAUAGUUGACAGCAUCGAAGGUGUUACACAUGCCUUGAGAACAACAGAAUACCAUGACAGAGACGAGCAGUUUUACUGGAUUAUUGAAGCUUUAGGCAUAAGAAAACCAUAUAUUUGGGAAUAUAGUCGGCUAAAUCUGAACAACACAGUGCUAUCCAAAAGAAAACUCACAUGGUUUGUCAAUGAAGGACUAGUAGAUGGAUGGGAUGACCCCAGAUUUCCUACGGUUCGUGGUGUACUGAGAAGAGGGAUGACAGUUGAAGGACUGAAACAGUUUAUUGCUGCUCAGGGCUCUUCACGUUCAGUUGUGAACAUGGAAUGGGACAAAAUCUGGGCAUUUAACAAAAAGGUUAUUGACCCAGUGGCUCCACGAUAUGUUGCAUUACUAAAGAAAGAAGUGAUCCCAGUGAAUGUACCUGAAGCUCAGGAGGAGAUGAAAGAAGUAGCCAAACACCCAAAGAAUCCUGAUGUUGGCUUAAAGCCUGUGUGGUAUAGUCCCAAAGUUUUUGUUGAAGGUGCAGAUGCAGAAACUUUUUCGGAGGGUGAGAUGGUUACAUUUAUAAAUUGGGGAAACCUCAACAUUACAAAAAUACACAAAAAUGCUGAUGGAAAAAUUAUAUCUCUUGAUGCAAAAUUGAAUUUGGAAAACAAAGACUACAAGAAAACCACUAAGAUCACCUGGCUUGCAGAGACUGCCCAUGCUCUUCCUAUUCCAGCAAUCUGUGUCACUUAUGAGCACUUGAUUACAAAGCCAGUGCUAGGAAAAGACGAGGACUUUAAGCAGUAUGUCAACAAGAACAGUAAGCAUGAAGAACUAAUGCUAGGGGAUCCCUGCCUUAAGGAUUUGAAAAAAGGAGAUAUUAUACAACUCCAGAGAAGAGGAUUCUUCAUAUGUGAUCAACCUUAUGAACCUGUUAGACUUAACACAUCUGCUCCUUUUAAGGAAAAACCAACACCUUCUCUGAAUAAUACUUGUACAACAUCUGAGGAUUCCUUAGUUCUUUACAAUAGAGUGGCUGUUCAAGGGGAUGUGGUUCGUGAAUUAAAAGCCAAGAAAGCACCAAAGGAAGAUAUAGAUGCAGCUGUAAAACAGCUUUUGUCUUUGAAAGCUGAAUAUAAGGAGAAAACUGGCCAGGAAUAUAAACCUGGAAACCCUCCUGCUGAAAUAGGACAGAAUAUUUCUUCUAAUUCAUCAGCAAGUAUUCUGGAAAGUAAAUCUCUGUAUGAUGAAGUUGCUGCGCAAGGGGAGGUGGUUCGUAAGCUAAAAGCUGAAAAAGCCCCUAAGGCUAAAAUAAAUGAAGCUGUAGAAUGCUUACUGUCCCUGAAAGCUCAGUAUAAAGAAAAAACUGGGAAGGAGUACAUACCUGGUCAGCCCCCAUUAUCUCAAAGUUCAGAUUCAAGUCCAGCCGGAAGUUCUGAGCCCGCUGGUUUAGAAGCACCAGAAGCCAAAGUACUUUUUGACAAAGUAGCUUCUCAAGGAGACGUAGUUCGGAAACUUAAAACUGAAAAAGCGUCUAAGGAUCAAAUAGAUACAGCUGUACAAGAACUCCUUCAGCUAAAGGCACAGUACAAAUCUUUGACGGGAGUAGAGUAUAAGCCUGUGUUGGCCACUGGAGCUGAGGACAAAGAUAAGAAGAAGAAAGAAAAAGAAAAUAAGUCUGAAAAGCAGAAUAAGCCUCAGAAACAAAAUGAUGGCCAAAGGAAAGACCCUUCUAAAAACCAAGGAGGCGGGCUGUCAUCAAGUGGAGCAGGAGAAGGGCAGGGGCCUAAGAAACAGACCAGGUUGGGUCUUGAGGCAAAGAAAGAAGAAAAUCUUGCCGAUUGGUAUUCUCAGGUCAUCACAAAGUCAGAAAUGAUUGAAUACCAUGAUGUAAGUGGCUGUUAUAUUCUUCGUCCCUGGGCUUAUGCCAUUUGGGAAGCCAUCAAGGACUUUUUUGAUGCUGAGAUCAAGAAACUUGGUGUUGAAAACUGCUACUUCCCCAUGUUUGUAUCUCAAGGUGCAUUAGAGAAAGAGAAGACUCAUAUUGCUGACUUUGCCCCAGAGGUUGCUUGGGUUACAAGAUCUGGCAAAACAGAGUUGGCAGAACCGAUUGCCAUUCGUCCUACUAGUGAAACAGUAAUGUAUCCUGCAUAUGCAAAAUGGGUGCAGUCACACAGAGACCUGCCCAUCAGGCUCAAUCAGUGGUGCAAUGUGGUGCGUUGGGAGUUCAAGCAUCCUCAGCCUUUCCUACGUACUCGUGAAUUUCUUUGGCAGGAAGGGCACAGUGCUUUUGCUACCAUUGAAGAGGCAGCAGAAGAGGUCUUGCAGAUACUUGACUUAUAUGCUCAAAUAUAUGAAGAACUCCUGGCAAUUCCUGUUGUAAAAGGAAGAAAGACAGAAAAGGAAAAAUUUGCAGGAGGAGACUAUACAACUACAGUAGAAGCAUUUAUAUCUGCUAGUGGAAGAGCUAUCCAGGGAGGCACGUCACAUCAUUUAGGGCAGAAUUUUUCCAAAAUGUUUGAAAUCAUGUUUGAAGAUCCAAAGAUGCCAGGAGAGAAACAAUUUGCCUAUCAAAACUCCUGGGGCCUGACGACUCGAACUAUUGGUGUUAUGACCAUGAUUCAUGGGGACAAUAUGGGUUUAGUAUUGCCACCCCGUGUAGCAUGUGUUCAGGUGGUGGUUAUUCCUUGUGGCAUUACCAAUGCACUUUCUGAAGAAGACAAAGAAGCGCUGAUGGCAAAAUGCAAUGAUUAUCGAAGGCGGUUACUCAGCGUUAACAUCCGAGUCAGAGCUGAUUUACGAGAUAACUAUUCUCCAGGUUGGAAAUUCAAUCACUGGGAGCUCAAGGGAGUUCCCAUUAGACUUGAAGUUGGGCCACGUGAUAUGAAGAACUGUCAGUUUGUAGCUGUCAGACGAGAUACUGGAGAAAAGCUGACAGUUGCUGAAAAUGAGGCAGAGACUAAACUUCAAGCUAUUUUGGAAGACAUCCAUGUCACCCUUUUCACAAGGGCUUCUGAAGACCUUAAGACUCAUAUGGUUGUGGCUAAUACAAUGGAAGACUUUCAGAAGAUACUAGAUUCUGGAAAGAUUGUUCAGAUUCCAUUCUGUGGGGAAAUUGACUGUGAGGACUGGAUCAAAAAGACCACUGCCAGGGAUCAAGAUCUUGAACCUGGUGCUCCAUCCAUGGGAGCUAAAAGCCUUUGCAUCCCCUUCAAACCACUCUGUGAACUGCAGCCUGGAGCCAAAUGUGUCUGUGGCAAGAACCCCGCCAAGCACUAUACCUUAUUUGGUCGCAGCUACUGAGAGAUGAAAGAAACUCCCCCUUUAACUCUCCUCACUUUUUAAAACAUUGAUAUUAGUACCUUCUCAGAUACAGACCUUUUAUGAUUUUUUAAAAAUAGUUCUAAAAGGAAGUCACAUGAGACAAUUAUUAUGCCUAAGUUAACAGUGGAUAAAAGGCUUUUCUGUAAACAAUCCCAAUAAUAAAUAUCAUGAACUCA